AUUUCAGUACCAAAAGUGGUAACCCCGAGCUACACUCGGGCUUACCCUGCGGCACUGCUCCGGCAUGUGUUCUUCACUUACCUUACCCUGCGCUCCCACGAUGUGUCCCCUGCAGCGUCCCCGGCCAUCUCCUCCGGCCGAUGCCGGCAUCCUGCUUCUGUGUCCUGUCCCUGUGACGUCGGGACGUACGGGCGCCGGCGGCGGGAAAUUUAAACAUUUUAAAAAAUGUCAUUUUUUUUUUUUUUUACAUUUUACAUGUGCUUUGUCCGGCGCCCUGCCUGCAUUUUGUCUGUUCUUUCUG